AAAGGAGGGAGGUGCAACGUGUACAACUCGACCAAUCACAAUGCGCCAUGGCUUCGAGUCAGUUAAAACGAGUCGAGGUCAAUAUAUGACAGGAUAACCGAGCAGCUGUAACUGGCGACCGAACUGUCGACAUGUGUGGAAUCUUUGCCUAUCUCAACUACCAAGUGCCAAGGACUCGCCGUGAGAUCCUUGAGAUCCUCCUCAAAGGUCUGCACCGUCUGGAGUACAGAGGCUACGACUCAGCUGGUGUGGGAAUAGAUGCUGGUGAUGGCAAGGACUGGGAGUCGAAUGCAAAGUCCAUCCGACUGAUAAAGCAACGUGGAAAAGUGAAGGCUCUUGAUGAGGAGAUCGACAAGCAGCAGGAUAUUGAACUGGAUGUAGAGUUUGAUGUUCAUCUCGGCAUUGCUCACACCCGCUGGGCUACCCACGGUGCACCAAGUCCAGUUAACAGCCAUCCACAUCGGUCUGACAAGAACAAUGAGUUCAUUGUCAUUCACAAUGGCAUUAUCACCAACUACAAGGACCUAAGGAAAUUCUUGGAGAGCAAAGGCUAUGAGUUUGAGUCAGAGACUGACACAGAAACCAUUGCCAAGCUGGUGAAGUACAUGUUUGACAACCGGGAGAAUGAUGACAUCAGUUUCGCUACACUGGUGGAACGGGUUACUCAGCAGCUAGAGGGAGCUUUUGCCCUGGUCUUCAAAAGUGUCCACUACCCUGGAGAGGCAGUUGGCACACGGAGGGGAAGUCCCCUGCUGAUGGGAGUGAGGAGUGAACACAAGCUGUCCACGGAUCAUAUUCCUGUGCUCUACCGCUCCUGCGCGAAAGAGAAGAAGGGCUGCACUGCCCUACCCAGGAUAGACCAGGACACCUGCUUGUUCCCUGUGGAUGAGAAAGCUGUGGAGUAUUACUUUGCCUCUGAUGCAAGCGCAGUGAUUGAGCACACAAAUAGGGUCAUCUUCCUGGAGGACGAUGAUGUGGCUGCCGUGGUGGAAGGCCGGCUGUCCAUCCACAGGAUAAAGCGCACGACAGGAGACUAUCCAGCUCGCGCCGUCCAAACUCUGCAGAUGGAGCUCCAGCAGAUCAUGAAGGGCAAUUUCAGCUCCUUCAUGCAGAAGGAGAUUUUUGAGCAGCCGGAGUCUGUGUUCAAUACAAUGAGGGGCAGAAUAAACUUCGACAACAACACAGUGAUACUGGGUGGCCUGAAGGACCACAUCAAAGAGAUCCAGAGGUGUCGGCGACUUAUCCUUAUUGCGUGCGGAACCAGCUACCAUGCAGGGGUUGCGACCCGCCAAGUGCUGGAGGAGCUAACCGAACUGCCUGUCAUGGUGGAGCUGGCCAGUGACUUCUUGGACAGGAACACUCCCGUCUUCCGAGACGACGUCUGCUUCUUCAUCAGCCAAUCAGGGGAGACUGCUGACAGCCUCAUGGCCCUGCGCUACUGUAAGGAGAGAGGUGCUCUGACAGUGGGCAUCACCAACACAGUGGGAAGCUCCAUCUCCAGGGAGACUGACUGCGGAGUCCACAUCAAUGCCGGGCCUGAGAUUGGAGUAGCCAGCACCAAGGCCUACACCAGCCAGUUUGUGGCCCUGAUCAUGUUUGCACUCUUGAUGUGCGAUGACAGGAUUUCCAUGCAGCCCAGACGCCGAGAGAUAAUCCAGGGCCUGAGUGUGCUUCCAGAUCUGAUUAAGGAGGUCCUCAGUUUGGAUGAUGAGAUCCAGAAGUUGGCAACAAAGCUGUACCGACAUAAGAGUGUCCUAAUCAUGGGCAGAGGCUACCAUUAUGCUACUUGCCUGGAAGGAGCGCUGAAAAUCAAGGAAAUCACAUACAUGCAUUCAGAAGGCAUCCUGGCUGGAGAGCUGAAACAUGGUCCCCUGGCCCUGGUGGACGAACUCAUGCCAGUCAUCAUGAUCAUCAUGAGAGACCACACAUAUGUCAAAUGUCAGAACGCCCUGCAGCAAAUUGUUGCCCGUCAGGGCCGCCCCAUCGUGAUCUGUGACAAAGACGAUUACGAGACCGCUAAGAACUCCAGCAGCACCAUCAAAGUGCCUCACUGUGUGGACUGCCUGCAGGGCGUCCUGAGCGUCAUCCCACUGCAGCUGCUUUCCUACCACCUGGCUGUCCUCCGAGGUUACGACGUGGACUGUCCAAGAAACCUGGCCAAGUCUGUGACCGUAGAGUGAACCAAUCACCAUGUAACAGCAGAAGCCUGGCGGCCACACAUUCAUACGUGUACAGGUGGCGUGGGAGCAUCUGUAUGCCAAGAAAAAACAAUGUCCUGUUUAUGUAUCGUGCAUCAUGGCUCUUCUUAAUGCAAUCUUAUCUGUAUCUCACUUCUAUUUUCCUAGAACCUUUUUGGGAUCAUUUUCAUAUUAUUGUUAGAGAAGCAGUUUUGUGUGUGGUGGCAAGGUCUGGGCUGGUACUGACCUAUCUUCACUAUUAUCAUCAACAUCAUCAUCAUCAUCAUCAUGCUCUGGGUUUGUGAAGCUAACUGAUCACCAUUCUGGUUUAUUAUGUGCCCUCCGUUUAUUUCUGUUGUUAACUCUCACUGGGAGCAUCUUGGAGCUGCUGUUUAACUGACAGAAGUUGUGUUUUAAAGACCUUACUGGCUUUUUUCCUUUAGUCCAAUCAUUUGUAGUUUGGUUAUUUUUUUCUUUGGCAGCUAAUUAUUUGAAGUGUCUCUACUCCACAGUUGAAGUAAGCGACCGUCUUAAAUCAUUCCAAGCCACAGGUCAUCGUUUCUUUGUAAUUGUAGCGCAGUUUUCCAGCGUUGCCUCUCUUAGACUUUCUUCUGAGGACACACAGCUUACUCGCAGAAAAGCUUGUUAAUAUACGCUGCUGUGUAAAAUCCUUACUGGGUAGGUUAUAGAAGCUUCUUCUUGUCUAUAAACCUAGUGUUUUGUAUUUAGAAUAGGCCUUGUUUACUAUGCCACAUAUACUAAAGUGUGAGAUAUGUUUGUUACGAUACACUGUUUCUGCUUUGGCCAUUCUCUGUACAUUAUACUGGUACUUAAAAGCUAUCUGUUCACAUUUUAGGGAUUCUUAUGCUGACCUUAUUGCUGAUUGAUUGUCUCUAGUUUAAACUAUAAACUGAAAUAAUUUAAGUGAGAUGAAGUUACUAACCUGAAGUCAAAGUUGCACCCAGUUACCAACCCACACCUUGCCAGCCCAACUACUAGAAUGUUGGGACCAUGUGUAGCCAUUUCUUCUUUCUUUUUUUUCCUUCAAAAACAAUGAGUUUUAUAAUAUGGAAGUUACUCUUUGAUUUGAAAUGUUACUGUCAUUGGAAAUAUGUACUGUCAAACCAAAAAUCUCUGCAAUGGCUUUGGUAGUUGUAAACCAAAACAUAUAUAUUUUGUAUUUGUUCAUCCUAUAUUGUAGCCAAACAUGUACUGAUGCUGGUAGUUUGUGUGGAAUGAAGGCCUAAAGGGGGCAUAUAGACAGUUGUAUGGCAGUAUGUCUAAUAUUACUAUACUGCAGAUGUUUAUUUAGAUAGAAAGUGUGUGUGUGUGUGUGUGUGUGUGUGUGUGUGUGUGUGUGUGUGUGUGUGUGUGUGUGUGUGUGUGUGUGUGUGUGUGUGUGUGUGUGUGUGUGUGUGUGUGUGUGUGUGUGUGUGUGUGUGUGUGUGUGUGUGUGUGUGUGUGUGUGUGUGUGUGUGUGUGUGUGUGUGUGUGUGUGUGUGUGUGUGUGUGUGUGUGUGUGUGUGUGUGUGUGUGUGUGUGUGUGUGUUCCAAAUGGCUUUGGUUUCUUCUCUAAACAUUUGUCCAUCACAUAUAACUUCUCCUGAGCCAGUGAAAGGGUUUGAAAACUGGACAAUGUUACAGGUACUUUUGUAACACACAUACAUGCUUGAUUUAGAUUUCUUGACUAGAGGCAUAGACUGGACCCUGCGCUGAAUCCUAGCAACCUCUGUUAGAUUACUGGUGGAGUGGUGCACGAUAUAUUAGUGGAACUGAUGCAAUAAAGUGUCAAGUAACUUCCCUUUGAA